GCGAUUUUAUGAAUUUUUUGCAGUAACUCGCUGGUUUAUAGUACACCAUGAUAGCUUGCAUCCACGUUUAUCUGCAUUAGUCUUUAUUCUGCAGCUAGUAGUAGCGGUAUGAUCCUGGGCCGUUUUUACCCAAGAUUUCGCCUUCAUAAACAUCAGAAAAUUAAGAACAGUCGUAUGAUUAUAUAGCAGUGACGGAAGCGGGUCAAAUUUAGACAAUUUGUGUUGAAAUAAAACGGGAAAACUUGCCAAAUUGAAGGUCAAGGUAUUCAAAAGUUGAAAUAAGAGUUUUCAAGUAGACUUUGAUGCUAGAUUUGUUGCUCCAAUGAACGCUUGGAGAAAAUUAUUUGAUAAGUACCUGCUGGUCACGAAUACAGUGAGCUGUGGUCUGAUGAUGGCUGCAGCAGACCUGAUUCAACAACGCAGUGAACACUGGAAGAAAAAAAACAAGAAUCCAUCAGAGGAAACUCGUACAAUGAUCGUCUCUUUGGAUGAUCAACAUCAAGAGUCCAAUAACUCCGAGGUUUAUGUGCACGACUUCGUUAGAACGAAGAACAUGACGACUGUGGGUUUAAUUCAAGGUCCCUUUCAUCACUGGUUCUACCUAGUUCUGGAUAAAGUAAUACCUGGUAGAACUGCACUAUCAGUCGUUAAAAAAACCUGUCUGGACCAAUCAAUUGCUAGUCCCACCUGUUUAGGUAUAUUCUUUGUGGGCCUUGGAGUGUUGGAGAGCAGGAAACUCGAAGAGAUAUAUGAUGAGUUGAAAGUGAAGUUAUAUGACACAUGGAAAGUGGAUUGUUGUUUCUGGCCUCCGACACAGUGCGUCAACUUCUUUUUUAUUCCCUUUCGAUACCGAGUUCUGUAUACGAAUUUUAUGACGAUGAUUUAUGAUGUAUUUCUUUCGUACAUGAAAUAUGAUCACCAGUACCAAUAGCCCGAAAUCUCAAGACUAGUCCACAUCAUUUUCAAUUAAUAAUAGCUGAUAAUACGUAUAUCACACGUAGUCUCUAAGGUCUUGCUAAUCUGUGAAAAUUGUAACAUCCAUUUCAUGAAUUAAUUUAUAAUUCGUCAGAUACACAUAGAUAACUAGACUUCGAUAAAGCUUAACAUCUUGCAUCAAAUAUUAAUUGUAAGUUGUUACUUGCACAGGAUUACCAAUUUUGUAGCUGAUCCUUUUUUCUAUAAAAAUGAAUUAUUUAUUCUUUUCCAACUUUUGAACAGAUUUUAAAAUUCGCGGAUUGUUUUAAAUCUCGGACGUAGCGCCGGAAGUAGUUAAAAAUCCCGGACGUCUGGUAAACCUGAGCAUACAAAAGAUAUAUAUAUAUAUAUAUAUGUACAUUUGGUUAUUUCAUCAUUGUUUUUGUGUCAUUAUACAAUUUCGUUAUCGUGUUUCGAAAUCUUUGUUAUCCGACAUAGUUCGACAUGACUAAACGAUAAGGUUGUGCGCUUGAUUGCAUUGUGUGAGAUAAGCGCGAAGGCUAUACAUACUCUCAUUGACAAGUGGAAGAAAGAUGUAAUUGUCGUAGAAAAAGCGAAUUUGUAGAUAAGUUAUUGUUUGAUCGUAGCGAUACAGAUUUAAAAGGUUGUGAAAAAAUGCAGUAAAUGUAUGACCAGAUCUGACAUUAAAUCAUACAUUGUAAAUCAAUUUUGAAUAUGUAAUUUUAACAAAUAAAAUGAUUCGAUGAACAAAA